AUGACUGAUUCAAACAAAUUCCCUCCAUCCCGUGACUGCGACGCCCUGGCCUAUACGUUCGGCGAUUCAUCCUCAAAGCUCUAUCAUCAUAAAUCUGCUUGCAAUGAUAUCAAAAAUGAAAAAGAGAAAAUUGGAGAAGAGGUUCCACGGGUACGAAAUUGCCCAUGUUUUCCUUCUUGUUCGCACGCCAUCUCUUCUCUGUUUCUGAUUUCUGUGCGCUUUCAAGUUCAUGAUGCCGUUAAGCUUGUUGUUGUUGAUCGUGUACAUGCGAGUUGGUUGAAACUAAGCUUGUUCAAUGACUGA